GUGAUCGCUACUCACGAGUGGUGUUUACAUCAACAGAAGGAGAGAAUUUAUGGAAUUUGAAUGCAAUUAAGUCAAUGUGCAAUGUAGAUAACUUGAGGAUCAGAUCCCAUUCCCAGUUUGGGGAUCUCUGCCAGAGAGCCACUGCUGCUUCGUGCUGUCCCAGCUGGACACUGGGCAACUAUAUUGCUAUUCUAAACAACAGAUCAUCGUGUCAAAAAAUUGUAGAACGGGAUGUCUCUCACACCCUAAAGCUGCUUCGCACAUGUGCCAAAUACUACUACAACGGGACCCUGGGGCCGGACUGCUGGGAUAUGAAUGCCAAAAGGAAGGACCAACUCAAGUGUACAAAUGUGCCUCGCAAAUGUACCAAGUACAACGCUGUUUACCAGAUCCUUCACUAUCUAGUGGACAAGGAUUUUCUAAGCCCAAAGACAGCUGACUAUGUCUUACCAGCUUUAAAAUACAGCAUGCUCUUCUCUCCGACUGAGAAAGGGGAAAGCAUGAUGAGUAUUUACCUAGAUAACUUUGAGAACUGGAAUGCUUCUGAUGGUGUAACAACCGUCACAGGGAUUGAGUUUGGAAUAAAACAUAGAUUGUUUCAAGAUUACCUGUUGAUGGAUACUGUGUAUCCUGCCAUAGCCAUUGUAAUUGUUUUAUUAGUUAUGUGUGUAUACACGAAGUCCAUGUUUAUCACGCUGAUGACUAUGUUUGCAAUAAUUAGUUCCUUGAUUAUUUCUUAUUUUCUUUAUCGGGUAGUAUUUAAUUUUGAGUUCUUUCCAUUCAUGAAUCUCACUGCAUUGAUUAUUCUUGUUGGGAUUGGAGCAGAUGAUGCUUUUGUCUUAUGUGAUGUUUGGAACUACACAAAAUUUGAUAAACCUCAUGCUGGAACCUCUGAGACGGUGAGCAUCACGUUGCAGCAUGCUGCUCUUUCCAUGUUUGUCACAAGUUUUACUACCGCUGCUGCCUUCUAUGCUAAUUAUGUCAGCAAUAUCACAGCAAUCAGGUGUUUUGGUGUUUAUGCCGGCACUGCUAUUUUGGUGAAUUAUGUUUUGAUGGUUACAUGGCUACCUGCUGUAGUUGUAUUACAUGAACGAUAUCUUCUCAAUAUUUUCAGUUGCUUUAAGAAACCCCAGCAGAGGGUAUAUAACAACAAAAACUGCUGGACAGUGUUGUGCCAAAUGUUCCACAAGAUUAUUUUUGCAGUCUCAGAAGCGUCCAGGAUAUUUUUUGAAAAAGUUUUGCCAUGCAUUGUUAUCAAAUUUCGAUAUAUUUGGCUUUUCUGGUUCCUUGCCUUAACAAUUGGUGGAGCAUAUAUUGUGUGUGUAAAUCCAAAGAUGAAACUGCCGUCAUUGGAACUCUCCGAGUUUCAGGUAUUUAGGUCUUCUCACCCAUUUGAACGAUAUGAUGCAGAAUACAAAAAGCUUUUUAUGUUUGAACGUGUCCACCAUGGAGAAGAGCUCCACAUGCCAAUUACAGUAAUCUGGGGUGUCACACCUGAGGAUAAUGGUGACCCUUUAAACCCUAAAAGUAAAGGAAGGCUGCAACUAGAUAGCAGUUUUAAUAUCGCUAGCCCAGCUUCACAGGUUUGGAUUUUACGUUUCUGUCAGAAGUUAAGAAAUCAAACAUUUUAUUAUCAGACUGAAGAACAAGACUUCACAAGCUGCUUUAUUGAAACAUUUAAGCAGUGGAUGGAAAAUCAAGACUGUGAUGAGCCAGCUCUUUAUCCCUGCUGCAGCCACUGGAGCUUUCCAUACAAACAAGAAGUUUUUGAAUUAUGUAUCAAGAGAGCUAUAAUGGAGCUAGAAAGAAGCACAGGGUACCAUUUAGAUAGUAAAACCCCAGGGCCCCGCUUUGACCUAAAUGACACCAUCAGGGCAGUUGUGUUGGAGUUCCAAAGCACCUACCUCUUCACGCUAGCUUAUGAGAAAAUGCAUCAGUUCUAUAAAGAGGUGGACUCAUGGAUUUCAAGUGAGCUUAGUUCUGCUCCUGAAGGUCUUAGCAAUGGUUGGUUUGUGAGUAACCUUGAAUUUUAUGAUCUUCAGGACAGUCUUUCAGAUGGUACUCUGAUUGCCAUGGGUCUUUCAGUUGCUGUUGCAUUUAGUGUAAUGCUUCUUACAACUUGGAAUAUAAUUAUAAGCCUUUAUGCAAUAGUUUCAAUAGCUGGAACUAUUUUUGUCACCGUAGGUUCUCUGGUUCUUCUUGGAUGGGAGCUAAAUGUGUUAGAAUCCGUCACUAUUUCGGUUGCUGUUGGCUUAUCUGUAGACUUUGCUGUUCAUUAUGGAGUGGCUUAUCGCUUAGCCCCUGACCCUGACCGAGAGGGAAAAGUCAUUUUUUCUUUAAGCCGUAUGGGUUCUGCUAUUGCAAUGGCUGCAUUGACUACCUUUGUAGCUGGAGCAAUGAUGAUGCCCUCUACAGUGUUGGCGUACACGCAGCUUGGCACUUUUAUGAUGCUUAUAAUGUGCAUUAGUUGGGCUUUUGCAACAUUCUUCUUCCAGUGCAUGUGCCGGUGCCUUGGACCCCAGGGCACUUGUGGCCAGAUCCCACUACCAAAAAAGCUGCGCUGUAAUGCCUUCUCUCAGACCUUUUCAGGAGCCCAAGGAGGCAGAGGUCAAAAUAAAUCCCAUCCUGUUAGCAAAUAUCAGCUGGACUCCAGAAGCCAAAAACCAGAAAUGGAGCACGAGCACUAUGAGCUCGAGCCUCUGGCAUCACAAACCGGUAUGUGUAACCCUGCAGAGAAAGUGACCUACGAAGAAACUCACAUCUGCUCAGAGCUCUUCAGCAGCAGGCCCCAAAACACGUGUAUGCCUAUGCAUUCAGCCUAUAAUAGUGAAGUGAGUAAAAGCAUAAAUGUUGCUAGUUCAGCUAUGCUGCAGACAGCUAUUGACCAGCACACCAUAUGCCCAGUUUUCUCUCAGAACAGGCAGUGUAGCUGUCCUGAUGCAUAUAAGCAACUGGCAGUGAAGUGGAGUCCACACUCAUGUCAACAGUUAAGCGAUACUUUCUGUUACCAGUGUUCUCCUUCACCGGGAACUGUACAGAUCCAAAGCUCUGUAGCUCCUGUAAACGCUUUACAGCAAGCAGCCGAAGGUUACAUGCACCCGGUCCAGCAUGUCCUCCACUGCAGUUGCCUUCAAGGAAGGCUCAAAAGAACGAUGACGCAGAACUCUCUGCCUAAAAAUUUUUUCCUCCAGUCCGUGCAACAGUUUCAGGCACAUCAAAGAAUAAAUAGGACAGAUUCACAUGCUCAUCAAAACCCAGAGGAAAACGUAAGAACUGUUCCAAAGGUGAUGAGCUCCUCACAGUUUCUCUGCCGAAACGCAGGACCUCUCAUAGUGCGUUGCUCCGAAUGCGAGAACAGUGUAUCAAAUAACCAAAAGGCAUUCUGUCAGCAGACGGACAAGUGUGAUGAAAAGGGUGGUACGGAAGCAAAUGGGGUUGAAAGCAAGAAAGCCUCUCUGUCAAAGCAGAGAAAGAAAGCUGAGAGCAAGAUAGAUCAGCAGUCUUUGCAGAAUGACCGAAUUUUGAAGGCUGACCAAAAUGACAAAAAACAUCUGCUGAAUAGGUCAGUGAGAGAGGCUCUCUAUGAUGGUUGCCGUGAAGGUUCACACUGUUGUAGCAAGGCUAUCGCAGUGAAGUGCAAUUCUGUUGACUGUCAAAUGCCAAACAUCGAAGCCAAUGUGCCUCCUAUGUUAAUGCGCCCAGAACUUUCCAAUGAAAGUUUGUUAAUAAAAACACUAUAA